GUGUUGUUGGAAAGAAAGAAAAUGUUCGUUUGGAUGAUAGAAGUUUAAAACAAGCACAUCGCUAUGUUUUACUUCAUUCUGAUGAAGUGACACCGGUGCUUGAUGUUAGAAAAGAUGACUUAUCGAAGCAAGAGGGCAAGGGACAUACUUGCGGCUGCAACUAAGGGACGAGAUACUCUGUCGUCACAGCCUCCAAAUACAACUAUUGCAGACCAAUCUUCUGGAAGUGAAGCUGCCUCACCACCCACCAAAAAGCAAGCUGUUGGUUCAUUAAAAUUUGAUGAGGUGCAGAAUGAGAAAUGGGGGCCAUUUGGUCCACCGAAAACCACUACUUCUGCACAAUCACCUUCUAUCAAUCCCGAAUCUAUUUGGAAGAAACCUCCUACUACACCAACACCAAGUUUAAUUAUGGAAGCUGCUAAAGACAAACAAGGUUGCUCGCAAAAAACUACACCCAAACUUACUGCUAUAGUCUCACCUAAUAUGCCACCUAACAUGCCACCUAUUGCACCUGAACCAUUCAGGCACCCUUCUACUUCUUCUUCUGCUACUCACCAACCAUUCAGGCACCCUUCUACUUGCUCUCCUGCUACUCACCAACCAUUUAGGCACCCUUCUACUUCCUCUCCUGCUACUCACCAACAAUUUGACCUCCAUCAACCUUCGAAACAAGGACUUCAGAACCAAGCUUCAAGUGCUGCCAAAAGUUCAAAUGCAGCUCCACAGAAUAAGAAUCAAACACAACAAAACAUUGGUGAAGCUUCAAAAGAGGUCCCGAAAAAAUCCAAGUCUCUACGGCAUAAUUUACUUCCAGAUUGGCGUGAAGACAUUGAGUUCGAUGACAAGGAGGAGGUUUUGACCAUAGAUGACAAGGGUAAUACUACAUUGGUGAGUGGUGUAAUUCAUCCAGUUGACGUUUUGAAUGCUAAAGGCUUCAAGUACGUUGUGGAAUUCAAUGAUCUUUGCCAACCGAUUAGGAAAGGUGGACAUGUUUUGAUUAAAUUUAUUGGUUAUUUGGCAAAGAUGGAGUCCCAUUGUCCACUUGGACCAACAGAUUGGAAAAAAAUCGACGGGACUAUAAAAGGGAAUGUAGUUACAAAUAUGCGAGACCACUUUGUGAUUCCCGAUGGUAAAGAAUACGACAAACAAGCUUUGCAACGUGCCAAUAAAGCAUGGACACAAUAUAAGUUUGAAUUGAAAAAGCUAUAUUUCAAGCCAAAAGAAAAAACAAUGGGUGAGAUGAAAACACAACCACCAGCAAGAAUUAGCCCCCUGAAUUGGACAGCGUUAGUAGAUUAUUGGUAUUCUGAUAAAGCACAAAGGUUGACAGAAUGUGGAAAAAGGGCACGAUCUUUCCUUAAUCAGUAUCACAGAUGUGGCAACAAUAGCUAUGCAAAUCAACAAGCUGAUUAUGAAGACGAACAUGGAGAACCAAUGAGCUUAUUAGCUCUUUGGAUUAAAUCUCACUCGGGUAAAGAUGGAAGCUUUCUCCCUGGCACAGACACUGAAGAUUUUGUGGAUGAUGUAAAAGCUAAGGUUGAGCAGCUUAGGUUGAUGUACCCUAUGAAGUCACAGACAGAGCUAGAAAAUGAAGCUUUUGAGAAAACGAUGUAUAGCGAUGAGAUUCCCGAUCGUCCUGUGGGUUAUGGACAAGGGGUAAACAAGGGUGAUAUCUACGGAGUGCAUGGUGUGUUAAGGAAAGAAGGGUACGGAAAAUUCCAAAGAAGAGUUAAUUUAAUGGAUAAUGUUAAAGAAGAUGUGGCUACUUUGUACAAAAAGAAUGAGGUGCUUGAAAAAGAAAAUGAAAAGCUCAAAGACCAAUAAGGAAUUAUUUUUUACAGUGCUCAGACCAUCAGGCUUAUGUGGUCGACUAUCUAAUUUAAUUUUUUUAGUGUCAUCUUAUCUGAUGCUUGUUUAUUGUCAACAACAUAAGCCUAAGUUUCUGUUUAUAUAGGUUGACAGAAUGUGGAAAAGGGCACGAUCUUUCCUUAAUCAGUAUCACAGAUGUGGCAACAAUAGCUAUGCAAAUCAACAAGCUGAUUAUGAAGACGAACAUGGAGAACCAAUGAGCUUAUUAGCUCUUUGGAUUAAAUCUCACUCGGGUAAAGAUGGAAGCUUUCUCCCUGGCACAGACACUGAAGAUUUUGUGGAUGAUGUAAAAGCUAAGGUUGAGCAGCUUAGGUUGAUGUACCCUAUGAAGUCACAGACAGAGCUAGAAAAUGAAGCUUUUGAGAAAACGAUGUAUAGCGAUGAGAUUCCUGAUCGUCCUGUGGGUUAUGGACAAGGGGUAAACAAGGGUGAUAUCUACGGAGUGCAUGGUGUGUUAAGGAAAGAAGGGUACGGAAAAUUCCAAAGAAGAGUUAAUUUAAUGGAUAAUGUUAAAGAAGAUGUGGCUACUUUGUACAAAAAGAAUGAGGUGCUUGAAAAAGAAAAUGAAAAGCUCAAAGACCAAUAAGGAAUUAUUUUUUACAGUGCUCAGACCAUCAGGCGUAUGUGGUCGACUAUCUAAUUUAAUUUUUUUAGUGUCAUCUUAUCUGAUGCUUGUUUAUUGUCAACAACAUAAGCCUAAGUUUCUGUUUAUAUAGUUUGGCAGAAUGUGGAAAAAGGGCACGAUCUUUCCUUAAUCAGUAUCACAGAUGUGGCAACAAUAGCUAUGCAAAUCAACAAGCUGAUUAU